UCGUCAAUAAUUAUAAGAUAAACGAGAAUAUCAUUGAUAUGUAUGCACAAUAACCCAUAAUAUAUUAAUAACAACCAGAACUUAGAAAAGAAUUUAAGAAUUAAUAGAUUUCUAAAAAUUGAUAAUAGUCCAUCAAUUAUUUUUACAUCCAAUAUUUAAACCACUCAUUUUCUUUUUGACAAACAGCAUGCGUAAUGAUGACGUGGAAAUUGAGAAGUAACUAUGUUUAAUACUGAAAAUAGCUAUUUGUUUCAAGAAUUAGUUAUACUAACAGUAACUUUAGCCAUUAAGUGUCAUUAGUUAUAAACUUCUUUUUCUUCUGUGUUUAAAGAGUGAAUUUUUAGACGGUCGUUAAGAAUCAGUUGACUAAAUCAAUCAAUUUUUUACAAAUUAUAAGUUGUAAUGACGUAUACUUAGAGUAUGAGCAAACACUUCUAUUUUGGUCACGUUCAGUUUUAAAUUCACAGUGGUAUAGAACACACAAGUGUCGAAAGCCUCAAUUGUACAAGUUUGACAGAAACAGUAUCAUGGACUUCCAAAACGUAAAUCUUCUAAAUGUGCGAAUAAAUAUGCUUUCUGGAAAUUUGUUUCCAAUGACAGCAGAUAACUCGCGAUUCUCCAUUGGUUGGAAGAUAUAUAGCGCUAUUACAUGGUUGAUGAUUUUAACCGUAGUCAUUGCGUUUUUCGUGGGGUUUAAUCUGGUAUCCAAGAUGAAAGCUAUAAGCGACGGCAUGAUAGGCACGGUGUUCACCAUAGAAGUGUUCUUCAUGGCUGUGCGUAUUCAUAUAUGCAGAGAUCUGAUUGUACAGUUUAUCCGGAAUAUGAAUGACAUUCUUCGCGUUCAAGACGAGACUAUGAGGUGCGCCGUGAUGACUUCUCUAGAACUAAUGCACUCUCGUUUCCUCAAGUUUUAUUGGUUGUCCGGCAUCACAACUGUCAUAAUUUGGAUCGGCAUGCCGCUAAAAGCGGUCUUCAUAAAGAAUUCCUUCUUCUACGAAGAUUACAGAUUACCAUUUAUCAUCAGCAAACAGCCAUUCUCGAUGGAAAUUUUCCUGACAGGUGGUUUAUUGUUGAUACUCUGCAGCGUGUAUGUUCUUUUAAAAAAGGCCGCUAUUGAUAUCUAUACGUUGAAUUUCGUAAUGUUGAUGACAGCGCAAUAUCGUUAUAUCGCGGUGAAACUUGAAGAACUAUUUCGAGAAAAAAAUUCAUUGAACGAAUAUAAUUUUCAAAUGGGAAGGACAGAUUCAUGGGCAGAAGCAGAGAUGAAAGCGAUAUGUAAGCAUCAUCACACCGUCGUUUAGUAAGUAAUCGGCCAAUAUGUAUUAAAUUUAUUCGUUGAUGAAAUUAUUAUGAAUUAUUUUUUUAACUCACUCAAUUAUAAUUACCAUUCUGCAGUUAAAAUUUUUUGCGAUAUUUAUUUUGAUACAUAUAUAAGUCAUAAUAUGCAUUACUUUCAGCAUGUCAUCUAUGCUGAAGAAAAUACUAGGCCCAAACUUUUGUUUAAUUUAUUUGACUAGCAUCCUACGAUUUUCUUUUGUCGGAGUCAUGAUAAGUAAUACGGUGAGUAAUAUCUACUAAUAUUAAUUGUUUUAGAUUUUUUUCUAAUAAUUUAAAAUGUAUAAGUGUCAAUGAUGUAUAAUAUAAACUAUUAUUAACCGGAAAUAAUAUUUUGCAACUAGAAUACAUUUCUUUACAUGUUUACUUUAAUAAAUUACUUGAUUUGCAAAAUUUGUAAAUAUUAGUAACUACGUUUUUUAUUAGUAACUACGAUCUAAAAAUAAUAUUGAAAAAUUGCAAACAAUUAAGAGAGAAAUUUUGAAUUUAGUUAAAUAGUACUUAUUUGUACUUAUUUGUACAAAUUACAAUAUGUAAGAGUAAAAAAAUAUAUUUUUUCCUUUUUUUUUAUAAUUCUUCAGACGCUGUUGACAACUGUUGUUGAA